GAAUCCAAAACCAACCACAAAGCCAAAAAACAAAAGUUUCCAGCUUUCAUGGCGUAGGCUCAGCUGGCACCAGCUUUCCAUGGAUUCAUUCUCAACUCAGCGUCCAUUCACGCGUCUCUCUCUCUCUCUCCCUCUUUUUCACAGGCAUUUCCCUCUACCUUUAAUUAUACAAUUGAUCUCUCUCUCUCUCUCUCUCUCUCUUUCACAGGCAUUUCCCUCUCCCUUUAAUUAUACAAUUAAUCUCUCUCUCUCUCUCUCUCUCUAUCCCCCUAUAUAUACUGAUACCCACUAACCCAAACUCACAUCCCACUUCUCACCGCUUUCUGAAACCCUAAACAUGGCAUUCUUGUCUUUCAUUAAUGGCUUCUCAACCCUUCUCCUGGUUGCCCUUCUCGCGAGCUCUAUGAUGGCCGCCAAAGGCGGCAACUUCUACCAAGACUUCGACGUAACGUGGGGCGAUCACAGGGCCAAGAUCUUCAAUGGCGGCCAGCUUCUGUCUCUGUCUCUGGACAAGACCUCCGGCUCCGGAUUCCGGUCCAAAAAAGAGUACUUGUUUGGCCGGAUCGACAUGCAGCUCAAGCUCGUCGCCGGCAACUCCGCCGGCACUGUUACUGCCUACUACUUGUCUUCUCAGGGGCCGACGCACGAUGAAAUCGACUUCGAGUUCUUGGGAAAUCUGUCCGGCGACCCUUACAUCGUCCACACAAACGUCUUCACUCAGGGCAAGGGAAACAGAGAGCAGCAAUUCUAUCUCUGGUUCGAUCCCACAAGAAACUUUCACACUUACUCCGUCGUUUGGAACCCACGACAGAUCAUAUUCUUGAUCGACAACACCCCGAUCAGAGUAUUCAAGAACGCGGAAUCCAUCGGCGUGCCGUUCCCCAAGAACCAGCCGAUGAGGAUCUACUCGAGCCUGUGGAACGCCGACGACUGGGCGACGAGAGGCGGCCUGGUGAAGACCGACUGGACGAAGGCACCGUUCACGGCUUACUACCGGAAUUUCAACGCCAAGACAUGCUCCGGGGCGUGCACGGAGUCGUUCGGCGACGGCGCGUGGCAGAGCCAGGAGCUCGACGCCCACAGCCGGAGGAGGCUGAGAUGGGUUCAGAAGAAUUUCAUGAUCUACAAUUACUGCACCGAUCUGAAGCGCUUUCCUGAGGGGCUUCCGAAGGAGUGCCGGCGGCGGUCGAGGUUCCUCUAGAACCUUCUGGGCGUUUGUGGAUGGAGAAGGAGUUUGUAAAUGUGUUGAAAAAUUCUUUAGUUCUUGUUUGUUUAUGUAUUUUGUUUUCUUUUGUGUUGUAUUGCUCUGUUAUCAUGAGUUUGGUGGGUUGGUUCCAUAUAUAUCUCUUUGAUAUCAAAUAAAUCCAUUUUUCGUAUUCUUGUUUGAUA